AUGCCAAGAGGGCCUCACAUCAUGCAGUACCAACGCCCUCCCUCAUCCGCCUCCCCUCCCCGGCCGCAGUGCUUAGGCGCUGUCAACUCGACGGAGAAGCUGAGUCAGUUUAAGGACCUGGCGAAGGCAGCCAAGUACGGCGACGUGCAUACCAUGCAAAGUUUACUGAUGGAGGCCGUGCCCGUGCUGCCCCUCGGCGCCCGCGCUGACCCGCUCCUGGAGGCCGUGCAGGGAGGGCAUAGGGACGCCGUGUUUCUCCUGUUCAGUGCCGGCGCCCCCCUCUGCGCACAGGGCCUCGUAGGCAACACACCCUUCGAGGUCGCGCAUAGCACCAAAGGGCUGCCGGCGCUCUUCCCGGCGCUCGUCAGGAAGGCUUUCAGCGACAGACUGCAAGUAGAAAUAUCGGAGCUAGCGUGCACGGACAAAGACGAAGUGGACCUGAAGAAUGGUCUGGAUACUUUGAAGACCAUUGCCGAAAAUUCGGGCCACAGGCUGGAGGAAGAGCUGAAGACCUGGUUCCACAACAGCAGCUCUCUCAACUACACAAAGCUGUUGGCGAAGGCAGCCGGCAUGGGACUCACCCUCACCUGUCAGUUGCUGGGCGUGGCAGGGGUGCGCCUCAACGCCCUCCCAGGAGAGGUUCCUCCCCUGGCACUGGCCCUCAGCAGGCGCCACUACGACACCGCCUACGCUCUGUGUCGGGACCUGAGGAUGAACCCCUACGCCACGGAAUGCGAGGCGAGGGACGUUUCUCAGCGACUAGUCAACGACCUCCUGGACAGCGAACUCAUGCGUUUUGAGAGGAAGCUGCAGAAAACUGGUAUUGACAAGAUGACUUCCGAAAACCUGAUGACGUAUGCGAGGAGUGUGAAGGAAAAGCAGCAACUCCGGGAACCAACAAAGAACUUCCUCUAUCUGCUAGCGGAACUGAGCCUUGUCACGAUCCUACACCAUUUGCGGAAACAGUGCCCAAUUUUAUGUAUAGACACAUUAGUGCACGAGGGAGUAGGAGCUACCAUGUUGCAUGUGGCUGCUGCUUACGGUAAGACGAACAUGGUUGAAUAUCUGCUUUUUCAAGGGGCCAGUCAUACAACAAGGACUUCCGGUGGACUCACGCCCGUCCACUUUGCAGCCACACGAGGCUACAAGGAAUGUAUGGAAUACAUCAUAAAUUACACUGGCGAAGAACCAGACCUAAACCAUGGCCUGAGUCCGAACGAUGUUUUGCAAGACUUUGCUGAAAACAUAAAGAACUGUCAUCUAGAUGUGCUGUCGAAGGAAGAGGCAACAGCGAUAGCAAGUGCGAAUGGGAAUCAUCUGAGGGCGAAGCUCAUGCUGGCGAAGAGGUGCGAAGUUCUGGGAAUAAAGAGUGUGCAAGAUAUUCAGGAGAUUAUCGAAAAAGAACAGAAAAUAAUCGAAACCAUGAAUUUUUCGGAGAUCAAGAGUAUUAUUGAAAAAGAUGUGAAUGUUUUUUUAACGGAGAUUACUCAAAUAGAUCCGCGUUUUUCGGGUAAACUUGUAUCGUUUUGCUCAACCAGUGAAAAGAACGAAUUUUUCUUGCCAGAUGAUUUUGAGUUCUACAUUGAGCUUGAGGAUUACCACGCCCUCCAAGGGGGAUGUAUAACAGUUAAAGAUAAGGCUGGGAAGGAGGCCAAAGACGGUGAAGAAGUAUUCCACUUGACAUCCACUCGAGACGCAGACAUAUUUGAAGUCUCGAGAUUUAAAGAUUCCUUUUACAAAGCUGCCCAAGAAGCUCUCGGCAAGACAGCAUUCAGAAACCUAGCUUUAGUGCCACCGUUCUUCACGCAUUCAUUAGUAGGGGUUUCACUGUUUGCUCUGUAUUUGGGCAAACCUCGAGCCACUCUGGUGCGUGUGUCUGUUACCCCCGUCCUUAAAGUGCCGGUGCCCCACGAGCACCAGUGGCAGCAUCUGCCGGAGAGGCUGCAAAACCCCCAGAACGAAAAGGGCCACGAACACCUUGCUAACACAGCAGAAGGGACAUGGAUAUAUCUCUUUAAUUUUAUGCACGAACAUAUUAUAUCUUCUCUGAAGAAGGAAGAGCUGAUAGUCUUGCAAACGUGCGUGUUCUUCUGCAAACUCCUUAAGGCCUACUGGUGGCUGCCGAAACGUGAGCAGCGACGUUAUGGCUGUGUGUGGCAGACAUCUCCUCUAGGCGUGGACGUGCCGAGCCCCCGGACUCUGAUAACCCUCUUCUUGGCGGAGCUAAUGGAGGAAGGAGAAGAGGUCCUGAGGAAGGAGGUCUUCGUCGAGAAGGUGAUCUCGGUCUUGCGGAGAGCACCAAAGCCGGAGAAAUUCUCAGGGUCAUUUAAGUCGUCACAACGAAGGCACCCGAUCGUUGUCGGAGAAGUGCGUGCCAUAAUGCUUGUCUUGAAGGGUAUACAGUGAACACCAGACGCCAAGAACGACACCUUGAUGAAAUACAGGCUCUGUGUUGUAGGAACACUGUAAAGCCGAAUUUGUAGAAAAAAAGCUGUAAAAGAUAUAGGCUGUGGGUAGUGGCUGUGAGAUUUUCAAGAAUGGCAGCAGUUUUACCCGGCCAUUAGAAAUGACGAUUAUCACAUUCGUAUGGGUAAUAAGAGGAAUGGAAAAGAACAUCAUUACAGUUGGUAAGAUUUUAAAAUUAUGAAUCACACAAGGCGCACAGCUACCCAAACCAGAAGUAAUGAUGUCCUCAAGUCAGUAUUAGAAAUUCUUAUAUAAGAGAAAUCACAAAGUAUGUGUUGUAUCUUCCAUAUCCAUUAAUGUUAUUUUCUAGUCAUAAGUGAAUUUUCCAAUGCUCAAAUUAUUGUGUAAAUGCCAAAUAUAUAUCCACAUUA